AUGGUGCUAAAUUAUGGAGAUGAAAAUUGUUCUGAACGCAAUUUGAUGGAUGUAGGUGGUGCUGCUAUUAAUGAGAUUGACUUAAAUACGUCCAUGGCACCUGAAACAGUAAUGGUAGACACUGAUGAAACUAGCUCGUUCACAAAUACAGAAUUUGAAUUUGCUUUAGCAGAUUGGGAUUAUUUGAAAAUUGCACAGCAUUCCAUACAAAAUCAGAUUGUUGAUAAUAACGGAAUUGAUAUAUCUCCAUCAAUUUCCAAUCAUACUUUACAAAGCUUAAGACCUACUUUUUCAUCAGAGUAUGAGACUGACAAUACUGAAUUUAUAAGUUUAGUGGACAGCACCAACCAAACUAAUAUAAAUCUAGCAGCAACAGCUAAUCAUAAUCCGAACGACAAAAAGAAUUACAUACACAGUAUUCACCAUGUGGCUGAUAACAUGAAAGCAAAUCAUGAAUUUGCUUUUCAUCACACUUUAGCAGCAAAUUAUUGGGAUUAUAUGUUGGAAAAGGAAAACUUGUUAAAUGAAGAAGGUUUUGACUUUCAUCAAUUUCAAGAAUCAAAUGUAGCUGAGCAUGAGCAUGAGUAUAAAGAAACUGGUAGAUUAAAAAGCAGAGAAACUAAUAAACUGCAGAUUCAAAGUCUAGAACGCAACUUUGAUUAUGAAGAUGCCGGAAAAAUGAUUCAAAAAGAUUCAGAGGAUAUUGAUUAUGAUUUCGAAGUACCGAGUGUCAGAUCAGCUUCAACUUCAAAUUUAUCUGAAGAUAUUGAUUGUGACACAUCAAAAUUAUGUGAUGGGAAUGUAGCAGAAUAUAAAUCCAUCUACGAAAGAUAUGAAAAUGAGGUGCUCGAGAGAGAAUUGGAAGAAGUUGAGCACCUAUAUGAUCGACAUCUUGACGCGGAUCCAAAUCAAUCAACCAUAGAGCAACAAUUAUAUCAUUACCUGGAAACUGAACAAAAUUACAAUAGAUAUGGUGCAAGUUCAUUAUCACUGUUGAUGCUGGAAAGUUCAACUGAUUCAUCAAUCCAUUACGAUCCUAGCAUCAAUGAAUUCAACUCGCAUGACAAGCAAGUCAUAAAUUCUACGAUAUAUGAGUGGCCAGAUGAUGAAACGACAGGUACAUUAAACUUAUACAAUAGAAUAAAGAUACAAUUAAAAUAUCUUGAACCCAAAAUUAUAAGUGAUGCAGUUUUAAAAACCAUUAGAGAGGAAUUUGUAGUUCAGGAUUUAUUUUUAAGUGGUGAUUCACCACCAACCCCAGAAAUUCCAAAGCUGAUACGAAAAAAACUGGACAGAGAUGUCGAAUGGACUCCACUAUCGGUAUAUAAAGCUUAUACUAAUAUCAAGUCUCCAACUAAUGGAAAAGACUCUUAUAACCGAUUAGUUCCUUAUAGUUCAUGCAUUGGGACUUUAAAUUACAGACCUAAAGAUCAUGCUGCUUGGAAACGAUCACCAAAUAGACGAUGA